AUGCAAUUUGUUCAAUUUAAUUCAAAACGUAAUCAACGUCAACGAUGGCAACGAUUUUGGCCAACAUCAUUACUCGCUUUAAUAGCAAUAGUUGAAAUAUUAUUGACAAGUAUUAUUAUUGGUCUGGAAUUUUGGAUCUGUUGUUGUGUAAAAUCACUAAGUUGUGCAACAUAUGUACUAAUUGUACAUUUUAUUUCGAUUGCUGCAUCAAGCGUUCUUUUAUUUUAUGAUGUUCUAUUUCUGCGUAAUCCUGAUAUAUGCUUGUGGCCAAACAACUUGUGCAGUGGAGAAUCAUUAAAUCUUAAAUUCUUCAAUAUUAUCUUAAGUAUUAGCACAGAUAUUCAUUGGAUUAAAUUUAUUUUAAUUAAAAUACAAAUAACUUGUGCUUCAGUUAUGAUCGCUAUUUGUUUAGUUUAUAUUGGUAUCUAUGUUUAUACGCAUGUUAAAGUUCAUACGAAUAAUAGAGUAAACGAUCCACACACAGUCAUUGAACUCGGUCGUAUACAGUCGCCACCUCCACCUUAUUGGCCACCACCACCACCAAGAGAGUUACCACCUUCAUCUGAUUUUUAA